AGUUAGUGCGGCCACUUGAGUCACAGCUUGUUGAUCCUGAGGAGGCAAAACUAGAAAGUGAGGUUCAGAAAGGAGGCCCUGUGCACGAGGAGGAGGAGGGCAUGAAGCAGUGCCAGUUGCCCACAGCCACAUCUGCAGAACAGCAAGUACCAUGGUUUGGCUUUGAGAAAGCUUGUACAUUUGUGAGCCAGAGUGGGAAAAAUGUUGUUGUACGAUGCAAUUACUGCCUUCCAAGGAUCAAAAAUCUGAGAUCAGCUGUUUCCCCCUCAUCCAAUGUGAAGAAACAUUUUGAGAGGGCACACCCUGAGAAGCUGAGAGCAAUUGAAGAAGCAAUAAAGGCAAGGAGACGUGGCCUUCCUGAACCAAUGCAUGACACCCCUCCUCCCAAAAUGCUGAAGCAGCAGCAGACAACCCUUGAGAGGUGGGGAUCUGGCAGGGAUCUGCUUCUUCUGGCAGCCUGCGUACACCCUCGCUUCAAACUAGAUCGACUGGAAUCGUGUCAGGCCACCACCCAUACCAACAAAUACACAAUGGAAGCCUUGUUGAAAGCUGAAAUAAAGAUGGGUGUACUUAAUGAGGACAGUGAUCAGUCUUCAGAUAAAGACCAGGAAGGAGAUGACUUAGAAGAUGACUUCUUUAACUUUCUGCCCCAGGGCAAGAAGUCAGCAGUGGACACUGCUGAGGAGGAACUGGUGAGGUACCUGAGGUCUCCCAGCAGGGAAGUGUCAUCACUCCAUGGCUUUCCACGUGUGCUGCGGUGUUUUUUGCAGCACAACACAGGCAUGCCUUCAAGCGCCGCAGUAGAAUGCCUGUUCAGUACUGGUGGCAACGUAAUGACUGUAAAAAGACAUUCCUUGUCUGACAUGCUCUUUGAGCAUCUUGUUCUUUUGAGACAUAACAGAAACAUAUUAUAAAAGCAUUUCAAGUGUAAAAUUUGAUUUCAAGAGUUGGGGUAUCUUCAUUGCUUGGGGGGAUGUGAGAUUCUGUUAUGCCAUUAUGUUAAUCUUA